AACGAAACUCACCACCAAUCUUUCAGCCAAGUUGCAGAGAGAACACGAAAAGCUGUCGCUGAACACGACACGUAGCUGUAGCCAUGGGUUCUAGCAGCGAAGCAGAAAUGAAAGCUGCUCCUAAACCUGCGCCUUUAGCACAUCUUUUUGCUGGAGGAAUUGCUGGAAUGCUUGGAACCACAGCUACAGCUCCCUUGGAUGUGGUGAAGACAAGACUUCAGUCGGAUUUCUACAAGGAACAAUUUGCCAAACGGCCUCCAAUUUCACGGAAUGUGUUUCGGGCGACUGUCUCUCAUUUUGCGGAUACAUGUUUAAUUUUGCGGAAUGUUUAUGUUCAGGAAGGACCAAAAGCUAUGUUUCGGGGUUUGGGACCAAACUUGGUUGGUGCAGUGCCUGCUCGAGCAAUUAACUUCUUCACUUACGGGAAUGGUAAACGCAUCUUGGCCGAUGUAUUCAACAAUGGCCAAGAAAGUACACAGAUUCAUCUUAUUUCAGCAGCCAUUGCUGGAGUUGUUACUUCGACAGUAACAAACCCUAUCUGGCUCGUGAAAACUCGCCUUCAGUUAGACAAACGGAGUGGAAACUCCAUACGGUACAAAUCAUCUUUUGACUGUAUCGUGAAAACCGUUCAAGAGGAGGGCAUCCGUGGUUUAUACAAAGGUCUCACUGCAAGUUUUCUGGGUGUUGGUGAGAGUACGUUGCAGUGGGUUCUGUAUGAACGCUUUAAGCAUACGCUUGCUAUGCGCAGACAAAAGCGUGUUCUCCAGGGAAAACGGGUUACUCUUUAUGACCGAGGUUUAGAGUGGGUCGGUCGUUUAGGCGGAGCAGGAAUAGCCAAGCUUCUGGCUGCAUGCAUAGCCUACCCUCACGAAGUCGUUCGUACCCGAUUACGACAGAGCCCCAUGGCUGACGGUAAGCUGAAAUACACUGGUUUGCUCCAGUGCUUCAAGUUGGUAUGGAAAGAACAGGGUAUUGUCGGCUUGUACGGUGGUCUAACAGCCCAUCUCAUGCGUGUGGUUCCUAAUGCUUGUAUUCUUUUUGGAAGCUACGAAGUACUUAUUCAACUAUUCAGCCGAUAAAAAUUCCCAUCCAAAAAACUCUUAAAACAAAACGACCAUGUACAGUUGGCACACAUCAUUGAAACCCUCAUCCAACCUCAUCAUCCUUCAUUCCUGUGACCAUUGUCCUCUCUUUUUUUCCCUGGUUCUGUCAACUGUUUUACUGCCUGCUUCCAGCAGUGUCCUAUAACUCACUAUUAUCUCGUAUUUAUUUUAGCAAAAUACACAACCAAAUAGAACAUACCCUUCCAAGUUCGUUAAUUAAUUUAGGGCAAUUUCACUAUUGUUCAC